ACGUCAUCUCGAUCUUCUACGGAAACUAUAGCGGAUAAGAAGACGCCAUCGUCUGUCUCACACUGCCAUUGUUUCGAAAAUGGCUGCUUCACUUGCUUCAAUUCCAUUGUCGCGCAAUGGUCUCUCUCUCCAGUUCUCCCCAACGAAACGCCAUUGUUUCACAGUUCCAGAAUUCCACUCACCUAUGCGUGUGUGUUGCUCUGCAUCUAGGGAUGGUCAUGAAUUAAAGGAAAACUUGUCUCAACUGAAGCAACUUAAGAAUGUAGCUUGUGGCAUUCUUGCUGUUUGGGCUGUGACUGCUGCCUCGCCUGUAAUUGCUGCUGGUCAGAGGUUGCCUCCAUUGUCAACUGAUCCAAGUCGGUGUGAGCGUGCAUUUGUUGGCAACACAAUAGGUCAAGCAAAUGGAGUUUAUGACAAGGCAAUUGAUCUCCGCUUCUGUGAUUACACAAAUGAGAAGUCCAACCUGAAGGGAAAGAGUCUUGCAGCAGCACUCAUGUCUGAAGCAAAAUUUGAUGGUGCAGACAUGUCAGAAGUUGUGAUGUCAAAGGCUUAUGCUGCAGGAGCUAGCUUCAAGGGUACAGAUUUCUCAAAUGCAGUUCUAGACCGAGUUAACUUUGAGAAAGCUAAUCUGCAAGGAGCUUUGUUUAAGAACACUGUGUUAUCAGGCUCCACCUUUAAUGAAGCAAAACUUGACGGUGCAGUGUUUGAGGAUACCAUUAUCGGGUACAUUGAUCUUCAGAAACUCUGUAGAAAUACAUCUCUCAAUGAGGAAGGAAGAGCAACUCUGGGGUGUCGAUGACCAUUUUCCCUACUGUUUUACUUGCUAAUUCAAGGUUCAUCUGUUGUAUAAGAAGCAACCACGGUGCUUAAUGCAUUUUCAUUCUGUAUUUCAAGUUUAUUUCUAGGCAUUUUUUAUGUAUAGCCUACCCUGCAUCUGUGCAUCCUUCCGAAGACAAUUUUGUUAGUCUCCUUCUGCAGAGCAUAGUGUUUUUCUUUCUUUGUUAUGUCUCUCAGAGUUUAUACAAGUUUUUGCUUCUGUCAA